AUGGGUGUUGAGAGUGAUGAGUGGAAAAGUGUUGAAAGAGAGGAAGAGAAGAGAGGAGAGAUGAUGGCUUGCAGGCAAUUGUGGGCUUCAAGAGCUGCCUCUUACCUCAGGAUCUCUGUCUUUCACAGAUCCUUUUCUCAUGUUGUUAAAGAUUUGAAGUAUGCUGAUUCCCAUGAAUGGGUAAAAGUUGAAGGGAAUUCUGCAACAGUUGGCAUCACUGAUCACGCCCAAGAUCAUUUGGGUGAUGUUGUGUAUGUUGAAUUGCCUGAAGUGGGAGCCACCGUGACACAAGGAGAUAGUUUUGGCGCAGUUGAAAGUGUGAAGGCAACCAGUGAUAUUAACUCUCCUGUUUCAGGAAAAGUGAUUGAAGUGAAUGAAGAGCUUAAUAGCUCUCCUGCUUUGGUCAACUCAAGCCCUUAUAAAGAUGGAUGGAUAAUUAAAGUCGAUCUGAGUGACAGUGGUGAACUAAACAACUUGAUGGAUUCAGAAAAGUAUUCCAAGUUCUGUGAAGAAGAAGAUUCACAUUAA